ACUACAACUCCCAGGAGGCUGCGCGGCGGACAGAGCGCCAGCCUUCCCAGAAUGCAGCGCAGCGGCUUCCCUGUUCGACUCGCUCCUCUCCCCGCUCCGCCUCCUUCCCUACCCGUCGUCAUCCGGGAGGGCCGGAGGUAGGGUGCGUCGUGAGCCGCCGGGAGGGGCCCGGGGCGGGGUGGAGGGAGGAUGGGAGGACGGAGGGGAGGGAGCUGAGAGAGGAGGGAGGGUAAAUAGUGGACCCGGCAGGAAGAUGGCGGCUGUAGCGGAGGUGUGAGUGGAUCUGGGUCUCUGCCGUUGGCUUGGCUCUUCCCGUCUUCCUCCCCUCCUCCCUCCCUGACUGAGGUUGGCAUCUAGGGGGCCGAGUUCAGGUGGCGGCGCCGGGCGCAGCGCAGGGGUCACGGCCACGGCGGCUGACGGCUGGAAGGGCAGGCUUUCUUCGCCGCUCGUCCUCCUUCCCCGGUCCGCUCGGUGUCAGGCGCGGCGGCGGCGGCGCAGCGGGCGCGCUUCGUCCCUCUUCCUGUUCCCUCACUCCCCGGAGCGGGCACUCUUGGCUGUGCCAUCCCCCGACCCUUCACCCCAGGGACUAGGCGCCUGCACUGGCGCAGCUCGCGGAGCGGGGGCCGGUCUCCUGCUCGGCUGUCGCGUCUCCAUGUCGGAUAACCAGAGCUGGAACUCGUCGGGCUCGGAGGAGGAUCCGGAGACGGAGUCCGGGCCGCCUGUGGAGCGCUGCGGGGUCCUCAGCAAGUGGACAAACUAUAUUCAUGGAUGGCAGGAUCGUUGGGUAGUUUUGAAAAACAAUACUUUGAGUUACUACAAAUCUGAAGAUGAAACAGAAUAUGGCUGUAGGGGAUCCAUCUGUCUUAGCAAGGCUGUGAUCACGCCUCAUGAUUUUGAUGAAUGUCGGUUUGAUAUUAGUGUAAAUGAUAGUGUUUGGUAUCUACGUGCUCAGGAUCCAGAUCACAGACAGCAGUGGAUAGAUGCCAUUGAACAGCACAAGACUGAAUCGGGAUAUGGAUCUGAGUCCAGCUUGCGUAGACAUGGCUCAAUGGUGUCACUGGUGUCUGGAGCAAGUGGCUAUUCUGCUACAUCCACAUCUUCUUUCAAGAAAGGCCACAGUUUACGUGAGAAAUUGGCUGAAAUGGAAACCUUUAGAGACAUCCUGUGUAGGCAGGUUGAUACUCUUCAGAAAUUCUUUGAUGUCUGUGCUGAUGCUGUCUCCAAGGAUGAACUUCAAAGGGAUAAAGUGGUAGAAGAUGAUGAAGAUGACUUCCCUACAACUCGUUCUGAUGGAGACUUCUUGCAUAAUGCCAACGGUAAUAAGGAAAAACUAUUUCCACAUGUAACACCAAAAGGAAUUAAUGGCAUAGACUUUAAAGGGGAAGCAAUAACUUUUAAAGCAACUACUGCUGGAAUCCUUGCUACACUUUCUCAUUGUAUUGAAUUAAUGGUAAAACGAGAAGAGAGCUGGCAAAAGAGACAUGAUAGGGAAGUGGAAAAGAGAAGACGAGUGGAGGAAGCCUACAAGAGUGUGAUGGAAGAACUUAAGAAGAAACCCCGUUAUGGAGGGCCAGAUUAUGAAGAAGGUCCAAACAGUCUGAUUAAUGAGGAAGAGUUUUUUGAUGCUGUUGAAGCUGCUCUUGACAGACAAGAUAAAAUAGAGGAACAGUCACAGAGUGAAAAAGUCAGGUUCCACUGGCCUACAUCACUGCCAUCCGGAGACACCUUUUCUUCUGCUGGGACCCAUAGAUUUGUACAAAAGCCCUAUAGUCGCUCUUCCUCCAUGUCUUCCAUUGAUCUAGUCAGUGCCUCUGACGAUGUUCACAGAUUCAGCUCCCAGGUUGAAGAAAUGGUACAGAACCACAUGAACUAUUCAUUACAGGAUGUAGGUGGUGAUGCAAAUUGGCAACUGGUUGUAGAGGAAGGAGAAAUGAAGGUAUACAGAAGAGAAGUCGAAGAAAAUGGAAUCGUUCUAGAUCCUUUGAAAGCUACUCAUGCAGUUAAAGGUGUUACAGGACAUGAGGUCUGCAAUUACUUUUGGAAUGUUGAUGUUCGCAAUGACUGGGAAACUACUAUAGAAAACUUUCAUGUGGUGGAAACAUUAGCUGAUAAUGCAAUCAUCAUUUAUCAAACGCACAAGAGAGUGUGGCCUGCUUCUCAGAGAGACGUAUUGUAUCUUUCUGCUAUUCGAAAGAUCCCAGCCUUGACUGAAAAUGACCCUGAAACUUGGAUAGUUUGUAAUUUUUCUGUGGAUCAUGAUAGUGCUCCUCUGAACAAUCGGUGUGUCCGCGCCAAAAUCAAUAUUGCUAUGAUUUGUCAAACUUUAGUAAGUCCACCAGAGGGAGACCAGGAGAUAAGCAGAGACAACAUUCUGUGCAAGAUUACAUAUGUAGCUAAUGUGAACCCAGGAGGAUGGGCGCCAGCAUCGGUGUUAAGAGCAGUGGCAAAGCGAGAAUACCCUAAGUUUCUAAAACGUUUUACUUCUUAUGUCCAAGAAAAAACUGCAGGGAAACCAAUUUUGUUUUAGUAUUAACAGUGACUGAAGCAAGGCUGUGUGACAUUCCAUGUUGGAGAAAGAAGGAAAAAAAAAAGAAUCCUCUAAGCUGGAACGCAGGAUCUACAGCCUUGACAGCCUUGUCUGUGGCCCAGGAAGAAACAUUGCAAUAGUAAAGCUGGGCAUCCAACACUAGCCAUCUCCUGCUAGAUCUCCUCGCUCAGCGUGUAACUAUAAAUACUGUAGAAUCACAUGGAUAUGGCUAUAUUUUUAUUUGCUUGCUCCUAGGAGUGAAAAAAAAUAACUUUGAAUUACAACUAGGAAUUAACCGAUGCUUUAAUUUUGAGGAACUUUUUCAGAAUUUUUUAUUUACCAUGGUCCAGCCUAAGAUCCUCAGUUGUAUCAGGUUUUGUGCACAAAAGAAAAGCACAAAAGUUGAACGCACCUGAGGCAUGUGCUCUCUGUGCACCAAAUAUUCAGAUGGGCUUCUUUUUAUAGGCCUACAGUCUGUGUCUGUGUCCGGAAGUUUUUGACUUUUUUGCUUUGUAUAAUCAUAGAAUCUAUUGCUGCUGAUUUCUAUAAGGAUUCAUGUUGUGUGUCUCUUCAUAACUGAGGACUGUCAAUAACCUGUGAUUUUUGCCUUUUCUAUAGUCUUACUCCCAUGAAGAACGUUGGUUCUGAUGGAGAAAGAAUGAAAAGCUUUAUUCCCCCCAGAUACCUUUAUAUUUUUAUUAUAUAUUUUAGUUGUGUACUAUGUGCUACCAACUUUUUUCAGUUUGUUACAAACACAAUUUGGUAAUUUUUAAAUUGGUUCUGCCUGCCUCCAGUCAGAGACAACUGUACAUCUCUUAUGGGUAUAGAGUACUUUAUAUACAGAGGUCAGGAUAAAGUGGGUUCAUAUUUUCCCUGAAAUUUGUAAGAGAAUAUAUGGUAUUACUUGUUAAACCAAAUCAGACUGUUUGAAUUUGACAUUUGAUUUAAUAUUUCUAGUAUUCUGUAACAAAUAUGGUAGUUUUUCUAGCUUGGAUUACUUUAAAUGAUAUAUCGAAGGUAUACAUAGAAAAUCUAAACAAUGCUCCAAUUUGCUUCUUGAUCAUAAAUUUCAGCAGAGCAGUAAAAUUUCACACUAUUCAAACUGAAAAAUGUCUUUAGUUGCUAUGAGAAGCUAACAUGUAAAAUACCUGAUUUAGUUGCAGUCCUCUAUGAGAAACUUUGAAGUGUGGAGUUGAGGCAAGGAAUGGCACUCACUUCAGUUGAGAUGACUGCCCACUUCAAACUCUUGCUUGUGUUUACAAGCAGAUGUAUUUAUGUAAAUCAGGCAUUUUGUAGAUGCUUUGCUGACUUGUUCCUCUCCUUAGAAACACAAAAAUCAGACCCUUUUGUAAAGCAGAGAGUCAUGUCAUGUAAAACAUGACCUGUAUAUAUUCCAUACAUUGAAAUGGAGUCUAAAGAUGAAUGCAAGGUGUGAUAAUUUAAUGAUGGGAUUAGUCUGAUCACUUAAUAUGCACAAUCCUGGAAGUGAAUUACUUGCAUCAGAUAGAAUGAUAUUUAUUACUCUGUACAGAGAGAAAAGUACAUAUAAAACAUAGAGCUUACAUUACAUGCACGCAGUUUCAUGUCCCAUAAAUCUUUUAUAUUUUUUAAUUUACCUUUCUCUAAAUGGUGUGCAUGGAAUAUGCCUUAUUACAGAAAUGCUAUUCAUAAUUUGACUCUGUGGAAAAGUGCCUAUAUGAUGGUAAUGCUAGGAAGGCAAGGACGACAGAUUAUCAUACCAGUUUACAUCACCAGUUAACAUUUUAUAUUGUGAUGUUUAAAAAAAGAAAAGUUUAUACCUCAAAUGUGUAUUUUAUUUUGCAAUCAGCUGUGGGGUUGGGAUGGGAGAAUGGGGAGGGUUGGGAGGGAAAGUUUAUUUGCCAUAGGCACUUUUGAGAAUCUUAGGGGAAAAAAACAAAAAACAAACAAAUUUAAAAAAAAAAAAAGCAAAAACAAAACUCUCUACACCCACUACAAAUGUUCCUCUAUUUGCAUUUCUGGUUACUGUGAUGAACCAGGCAAAUAACUCUUUCAAAACUAAAUUGGAUAGCUUUAUUUUACAAACAUGCGCAAAGUUAUAAAGCAGGGUCUGCAUCUAAUUAUCACCAGUUACAUUUGCACUAAAUGUGGUGAUAAUCUUUUACAAUUUAUUCUGUAAAUAAAAUGUUACACUAAAAAUGUUUGUAGUAAAAAAGAUAAGCAAUGAUCAUUUUACCUUUCGGUAAUUGACUGGUACUUUAUUGGAGAUAACCCUGCCCAGUCCGAUUUAGAAUUGAGUUCAGAGAUACUGAAAAUACUCAGUCAAAGUUAGGAGGAGCGCUGGCCAUGUUACAAUAUUCAGACCCUCAAGAAUUACUUUCUUUUGGCUAAUUUCUACAUAUUGAAUAUUGUUUCUUCAUACCUGGGUAUUUAUUUAUCUUAGCUGAAGCCCCCAUCCUACACCCUCCCCCAAAACAAGCCCCUUUAUUCAAUUCUACUGGAUCAUUCUGUUGAUGUUAGACACCUGAAAAAUACUGGUGAUGCAGGGAUUUGUCCCUGCAUGUAAGAAAAUGUGAUGAGGGAGCACAGUGCUCCUCUUGGGAUUGAGGAUUCCAUAUUUAAGGUGGAGAAACUUGAUUUGGUGUUGCUAUAGGAAGAGCAGCAAAGGAAAGAGGGAGGAGCCUAACUAAGAGAGAUGUGUGGAGGCAAAGUAAAGUAAAGGAAACAUGGUUCUCACCUGCUUGUUUCCAUGACUACCUUAUACACCUAUACAAUAGCAGUGUCAGUUGCUACAGAAUUUUAGCUGGGCUGAGCUGGUUCACUUGUGAAAUUGUGCUGGUUAUCUUUAAACUUAUCAGUUGUUUGUCCGAUCAGACACUGACCAGUAUUUAGUCCAGACUGUACAGGCGAUGUAUUUGGAUUGUUGUCGUUGUUCAUCUACAGACUCAAAACAUAAUCAUUUUAAAGUACCUUGGGAGUGUGUAGAGUGUAACUAUAAUAGCUUUAUGAUUCUGAUGAUGUUUUUUAAAAAUAUAAAGGAUGGAUCUUCCAUGUUACAAUCACAAAAUUAAAACCAGUAUUUAAAAGUGGAGAAGUAUUAAAAUAUUAUGGAUAAAUAUGA